GGCUCUGACACCUGCCCGGAAUGUUGCGGUUGCAACGGAGGCAGAAAGCAGAGUUGCCUCCUCCCAGCCACCUUCCGAGGACUUCCCCCUGAGCCGGACCUUGUAGGACCGGGCUGUCACUCCCGGAUUCCAGCAGCGUUGUCUCCAACAUCACUCCCAGUUCGCAGACUUUGUGACCGUGUGAGCAAAGCCACCCUUGAAACUCAUGUGCAUCAUCUUCUUUAAGUUUGAUCCUCGUCCUGUUUCCAAAAAUGCAUACAGGCUCAUCUUGGCAGCUAACAGAGAUGAAUUCUACCACAGACCGUCCAAGUUGGCAGACUUCUGGGGAAACAACAAUGAGAUCCUCAGUGGGCUCGACAUGGAGGAAGGCAGGGCAGGAGGAACAUGGCUGGGCAUCAGCACGCGUGGGAAGCUGGGGGCGCUCACCAACUACCUGCAGCCCCGGCAAGAGCCAGACACCCGUGGGAGAGGUGAACUGGUGUCUCACUUUCUGACCAGUGACAUGGACAGCCUGUCCUACCUGAAGAAGGUCUCUACAGAGGGCCACCUGUACAAUGGCUUCAACCUCAUAGCAGCUGACCUGAGCACAGCAAAAGGAGACGUCGUUUGCUACUAUGGGAACCGGGGGGAGCCUGAGCCUAUUGUCUUGGCACCAGGAACCUAUGGGCUAAGCAAUGCCCUGUUGGAGACGCCCUGGAAGAAGCUGUGCUUUGGCAAGCAACUCUUCAUGGAAGUGGUGGAACAGAGCGAGGCACUCCCUAAGGACACCCUCGUCACCCAUCUCCUAGAUGUACUCAACAAUGAGGAGGCACAGCUGCCAGACCCAGCCAUUGAGGACCAGGGCCGGGAGUAUGUACAGCCAAUACUGAGCAAGUAUGCAGCUGUGUGUGUCCGCUGCGCCACCUAUGGCACCAGAACCAACACCAUCAUCCUUGUGGAUGCAGAUGGCCACGUGACCUUCACAGAACGAAGCAUGCUGGACAAAGAUACCUCCCGCUGGGAGACCAACACCUAUGAGUUCACUCUACAGAGUUAGCCACUGCUAACUCUGCUAGAUUCCUAGGAUGCUGUGCCUCAAGGGCCAGGCAUAGACUGGAACCUUCUAUGGCCACACUUGCACGUCUGGGACUCCGCCAGUAUCCCUAGGACCAGGACCUUCUGAUCUGUGUGUUACCCAUACUCAGCUCAGGGUUUGUCUUUGUGCCAGUGAAGAAUGACUAAGUUGAACACUAGAUCUGAGGCCUAGGUGAAUGCAUGGCCACUGCUGCCAUGUACACACACGUGUGUCUGACUGACUAGCAGAGUUGUGCCUCUCACUUCUCAUCUUUGGCCAGUGGGUCUCCUCCCUGGACUGGUAACAAAAGUAGGCUUUUUAUAGAAACUGGCCUUUCCUCUCCUGACUGCAGAGCACAACUGUGUCUCAGUUCUUCAUAGUCAGACAUCCCCCUGCAGGAGCACUGGCCGUGUUAGAAACUGAGUGAAUCAGGCACAAGAGAAGCCCACUCUGAUAGAAAUGAAGUCUCAUUGGAGAUCUUGUAGUUCUGUAUGUGUUAGGGGAUCCCAUGUGUGUUCACUGGUUCUGCAUGAAUGAGAACCCUGUGUGCAUUGGUCAGUCCUGUUGUGUGGAUCCUGGGAUCUCUUGAACUCCUGCUUGCCCAGCAGGCAUUGUGGGUUCUGAGCAGGACUGUCUCAAUAAGUGGCUCAGCCAGCCCCUGCCAUCGCCCUCAUCACAAGCCGGACUCCAUAGGAAUGUGAACAUGAAUGUCCACUGUUGAUAAUAAAACUUGGAGGCUGUGAUGAGUAA